AUGCGUACUACCACCAGAGGAAUCAUCUUGGCAUUGCUAUGCCAUGGGCUUUGCGAAGCCGACAAUCUCAGGUCCUCCAGCCAGCAUCGGCGGCGUCUUUCGGAGGAACCCUUCAUUUCGUACGAACCUUACACCCUCACGACAGACCAUGCUGCCAUUGAUCUUGAUCAAAAGGCUAUGGAAAUUGAGCUUGCCAGAGGCACCGACGAUGGUCUCGAUGCAGCAUUGAGUAUCUACCAAGAAGGUGCUUUCUCCAAGUCUUAUGCAGAGAUCACGUUGACAGAGCCACUACAGGUCGAUGUUCUUAAAGGAGUUACGGUUAUUGGUAGAACCACUGAUGGAAGGGAUGUUCGAGGAAAGAUGGCUGGUAGCUUCGACACUGGAGAUAGCAUCAUCCAAGUCCAGUACAGUGCCGGUAGUGUCCAAGAAUCGUGGACGGAGUGCCAUGUGGGGGCUAAUCCCAAUCCUGAAACGCGAGGCUGCUUUGCUCCAACCGGUAGCUUGGAAAUUGGUGAGCUUGGUCUACACACUUACAGUUACAAUCCUUUGAGACAUAACUACAAUGCCCGAACAAUCCAAGGAUUCAGUACCCAGGCAAAAGACAAAAUGUACGACUGUGAAAUGUGCCCUUAUCGAACAUACGCUAAAUUCUAUGACUACUAUGGUGAGCAUGAUUACGGGAACAAAUAUAUCCUUGCCGCCUUCAAUCGCGGUGCAACCAAUUUUGCCAGAGGAAAUGCAGUUUUUAGCAGCUAUAGCACGCAAGCAACCACAGAGGUCACCAAAAGGGGAACUGUCCUAUUGAAUGUCUGGAUGUAUGUUAUCAGGGAACUGGAGGAUGCCGUGGAUGACUGUUCAUCUCAAUGUCCGAUUGAUGGGUGCAAUGAUGACCAAGUCAAUGCCUGGGAUACUGCUGUUGCCUUCUACACUGGUUCCAUCCCGAAAGCAACUGGGCAAGGUGGGGUCCUGCUUUACAGUCUGGCCCAAAGCCUGUGCCGAAGCUUUGGCACUUGCCUGACCCAAGGAUUGGAUGUGGGCACAGCCCGAGUCAACCGCGAAAUCUUUCAACAAUUCCAUCUCGGACAGGCUCGCAUCCUGGAGGGCAACUGUAAUGAUGCCAGGUUGAGUGUCAGCAAAAUUUCGGAAUUGAUGGCUGUGCCCUUGAUUCAAGGCACCCUCCGAUAUGCCUACAAGAUGGAUAUGCUCAGUGACAACCGCGAAAGAACUGAAGCAGAAGGGGCUACGUUUGCAGCAGCGGUCCUUCCCCUAGUCCAUGCUUGCAACACUGAUGAUGCUGCCACCAUCUACAACAAUAUGAGAGUGGGCAAUGGUGGCACGGCUUCAUUUUCGGUGGUGAAGACUGCCUUUGAGCGCAACUAUGACUGCUUGGGUGUUACAUGUGAAGAUGUUGGCGGCAUGGUGAACUUGGGAGGUGAUGGGUACCUUCCAGAAGCGGGAAAAUGUGUUGCCACCCAGGUAGCUAGUAGCCGAAACGGUCCCUAG